UACUCUGCGAUUCUGUCUUCUCUGCCUCUGUUUCUUCAUGAGGUGGACCUAGCUAGGGUUUUCUUCUCGUUCUUCCAGCUCCUCUUUUCUUCUUGUUCUUAUUCUUCUUCCUGUUCUUCUUCUCAAAUUCUGGUGCGUGCAAGCCCGGAAAAAGUCCACAUUCUCUCCAUUUCCAGAGAAUUUGAAGUUUCUGCAAUCUGUAAGUUCGGUCGUUGAAAACCCUAAUCUCGAAAUCUUUGCUUCCCAUGGCUAAAACUAGACCCGGGAUCACCUCCAAGACAAAAACUGGCAAGAAGGAGCUCGACUCUUACACCAUCAGAGGCACCAACAAAGUCGUCAGAGGGGUUUAUUUAUAUUGCGGAGGAGUGAAUUUGCCGUCGUUUUGCAGCUGGGGAUUGCGUUCUGAUGCGUCCAUCGGACACUGGCAAGCCUCCCUACGUGGCGCGAAUUGAGAAGAUAGAAGCAGAUGCUCGGAACAAUGUGAAGGUCAGUGUUCGGUGGUAUUACCGUCCGGAGGAGUCGCUUGGAGGGAGGAGGCAGUUCCAUGGAGCUAAAGAGCUAUUCUUGUCAGAUCACUACGACGUGCAGAGUGCUCACACCAUUGAAGGGAAGUGUAUUGUUCACACUUUUAAGAAUUAUACUAAGCUUGAGAAUGUUGGAGCUGAGGAUUAUUAUUGUAGAUUUGAGUACAAGGCUGCAACCGGUGGGUUUACCCCAGACCGGGUUGCUGUAUAUUGCAAAUGCGAGAUGCCAUAUAACCCGGAUGAUCUCAUGGUGCAAUGUGAAGGUUGCAAGGACUGGUAUCAUCCUGCAUGUGUUGGCAUGACAAUUGAGGAAGCCAAGAAGUUAGAUCACUUUGUGUGUUCUGAAUGUGCUUCUGAAGAUGAUGCUAAAAGAACACAAAAUGGUUUUUCUUCAUCACCGAUAGAUGCUAAGGUGGAUGCAAAACGCCGGAAGAGGUGAUUCGUUUUUGGCGGGGAUAAUGAUUGAGAACAAGUCUCAUUCCUGAAGAUAUUUAGCUUCUGUAGAAUGUCGAUCCUAGCUGUAUAGUGCGUUGUACUCCUGCUCAGUCUUUUGAUGUUUGUAAUUUGGUGUGUUUAUGGUAAAGAUGAUUACCUGUGCUAGGUUUAGGAGAUCAUUCUGACCUUGUCAAUCUGUCCAAAAGAAGGAUCCAUUUCAAGAGUAGUUCUUCAAUGUCGAACUGAAUAUCCUUUGGUAGAAUUAACGGAGAAUUCAGAAUCCUCUGUUGCUUCUGUAAAAUGCAAGCAAGGUUUCUGAGUUUCUGUUUUGCUUCCAAUAAAUGCAGGGCUUUUUUUCUUUUUUUUUUCCUUUUCUCUGUUUUGUUUCUUUUUGUAGAAGAAUAGGAAAUUAUAAGUUGCAGUAUUGCAUCUUACGCUAUUAUGACAUGCUGGACUUCCCUACUACCCUGUAUCUUAUGCUAUUAUGUGGAGUCCCUUUGUACUCCAUUAGAGAAGUUGUUUCGGAAA